AAGUAGUAAAACCUUCAACAAGCAAAGUCGUCAUUUGAAAACGAAAGAGAAAAAAAAGGGGCUCUUUUGUUUUCUUUUUAUUUAAUGCUGCCCUCCAAAUAAGCGCACCUCUACAUUGUUGGUAUGCUUAAAAGAUGAGGUGAGGACAAAACACAAUACUCCAAAUGUUGCAGCGAUGUUGAGUACUACAACAAGCAAACUGAAUGUAUUGGUCAACAAACUACAUGAAUACCUGGCCCAUUCUACGCAUGAGGAUAGCAACGGAUCAGCUGACUCUGAUGAUGUAACUAUCAGGAAUGGUUCAGUGGGAAACUCAGCAGCCUCCUCUAUGAUGGAGGCGCUUGUGGACACAAAACUCUCUAGAAGAAAACCUUCUGUUGUUACAAAACAUUCUGGCUUGGACGAAUCUGCAGACUCAAACGACAGCGACAAUGUAGAUUUCCCCUUCGGUGCAAAUGGCCACCCAGAUGUCACCAGCCUUCCUAAAGGCACUGUUCUUGUCCGACCUGAACCUGUCGAUAAUGGCAGAGAUGACUUCAGGGGUCCGGAGUUUUGCAGCCGGAAAAGUAACAUGCUACGGAAAGAAUUUUCAAGGAGACGAGGAGGGGGCCAACAUUUGGAAAUUGUCAGUUGCACUGCCUGUGGCCGACAGGUUAACCACUUCCAGAGAGACUCCCUUAUUCGCCAUCCAGUUCUCAAAGUACUCAUUUGCAAGUCAUGCUACAAAUAUUACUCAAGUGACGACAUCAGCAAAGAUGGCGAUGGGAUGGAUGAGCAGUGUCGUUGGUGCGCAGAAGGGGGGAACCUCAUCUGCUGUGAUUUCUGCAGCAAUGCUUUUUGCAAGAAGUGCAUUCUGAGAAAUUUGGGACGAAAGGAACUCUCUGGUAUCUUGGAGAGCAAAUGGUACUGCUAUGUGUGUAACCCAGAGCCCCUUUUUGGCCUGGUGAUGGCCUGUGACAGCGUGCUGGAGAACAUGGAGCAUCUGUGGCAACAGCAACGCAAGAGAAACCGAGCCGAGACGGGGAAAUCGGAACUUUAUGGCAUGCUGCCUCGACCUCAAAUCCUUCCCUUUGCUAACUGGGAUCACAACGGCAUGGAUAGUAGCGUUGUGUUCAACUACAACACUUUAAAUGUCUCUAAGGAUAUGACUGCCAAGGUGAAACAUUUAGUAGACUCUACAAACAAUGUGAACACGAACUUUAUUUAUUUCAUUCAUACUGCAACAAAGACCAAACAAGGUGUUCGAAGCCUCUACUUGAAGUCAUAUUUGACAGUGGUGAAAUCCAUCCGAUUGUCACUUGCGGCACUCGAGGAAAGCCUUAAAGAAGAGUUCAGCGACUUGGACGUCUCCAGCUGUUGGGAGGAGUUACUUAGCAAUGACUUUGUGCCCCAACCUAACAUCGAAGCGGACCCGAAGGUCUCCGGCGAUUUAAACGUACAUACGUUGCCGAAGCCGGCAGAUGAAUAUGUGGAAAAGGGAGUCCUCGCUGAUGUUGUAAGCACAAGUAAAAGCGUGAACUUGCCUUUCCCCAAUGCUGGACAGACUCUUCAGACAGUGGACCCACAAUUUCCUCAAAGUGGUCUCAACAUGACCAAAAAGCUAGUGGUCAAACUUACACCAGUGCCUGUGAUGCAGGAGCCCUGCUCAGAUGCACAGCUUCUUCCAAAAGACACAGUGGAAGAGAUGUUUCAUGGAAAAGAUGCGCACGGAAAUGAAGAGAUGGUUGUUGCUGAGAGUAAAAUGAGCGCGGACCACCCGAGCACGUCACUCCACCUCGAAGAGGAACAAGGCAGUCGGAGGUCUCCCCGUGUGAAGACAACACCGUUGCGUCGUCCCAGCGACGUCAAGGGUAAACAGUCUCUCUCCACAGCAGACAGCGAGAGCGAGUCGGACCCCGAGGCACGGCAGAGUUCAACGGCCGCCCAAUUCUCUGAAGAACAAAGUCCAAGCCAGACCCGAGAUGACUCUGACUCGGAUGAAAUACCCGCGGUGCUCCUUGAGCGAGUCGCUAUGAUUCAAAGCUCCGAUGAGCACCAGAGCGACGAUGACAAUGAUGGCAGUCCAGCGUCUGGCAAAGUGGCCAAGAAGCGUCUCUUCUGGCUCACCAAGAACACCCCGAUUUCGCCAGAGAGGAUUCGCCGGAAACGUAUGCUGCUGGACCGUUCGCCCGAGUCUGAGCCUGUUGCCGUUAAGACUCGAUGGGAAAGGGGGACGGCUUCCUCCAUUGACCAUCAAGAACCAACGACUCAAAUGCAGCACCUGAAGACCUUGAGGUCUAUCGGCAAGAGCGAAACGGAAGGGUUUCCUCGACAGCAGGCUAUAGCGGAGGCCAGAAAGCACAAGACUCAUGCUCCCCAGGAAGUAAUGGAGAGCACAUCGUCAUCAAGCGAGGACGACCAUGACGAUGACUCUGCGAGUGACGCCGACCAUCAUAAGAUGGAAGUAAUCACAGAAGAUGCGGCGUUACUGGGACCAGCAGCUUUCCAUCCAUCGUCUGGCGGUGAGGAUCAAGCCGGGCCCACUAGGGCAACAGGGGAUGACGACGACCCUGAAAAUAGAAUCGCUAAGAAAAUACUUUUGGCCCAAAUCAAUGCCAACAUCUCAUCGUUCGAUGAAUUAUCGUCAGAUGAGGAAACACGGGAUGCCGAGUCGUCUUCUGAGCCUGAAAGGGAAUUUAAACAAUCCAGUGAAGAAUGCGGACAAGAGGACAACGGUGAGUCACGGGAAACCUUGUCGUCUUCUGACGCUGGCACCGGGGGGCCCAACUUGAGGCAGCACCACUUGCUGCGCCACAAACUCACCUUGGAUGAGAGCGCAGGAAGUAAUAAGGCAGCAUCUGGGAAUGAAGCAGGAAAGGCAGACAAGAAGAGGAGAGUCACCCCCAAGGAGCUGAGCACUGAUGAUGAGAGCGGAGUUACUGAUAAUAGCUCAUCGGAGCUGGAAGAAUUUGGAGUGAGCGAGGAGCUGAGUGAGUCAGAGGAGGAAGAGAAGCUAGAAAGUUCACCCCCUAAAGUCAAGAAGGAGUCCCUCCCAUUUGUUAGCAAGACCGCGAUCACCUGCAUUUUGUUGUCUGACACCAGUGAGGAGAGCGAGCAAGAGAUUGCCGAAGGUGAUCUUAGCAACACUUCAGGCACGCCCAAAGGACGCAAAAAAAUCCGCAGAAUCAUCCAAGAUGACAAUCUCCGGUCUGAGACUCAGGAAGCGCUGCGAGAGGAGGAGGAGCGAUGCAGACGACUGGCGAUUAGGGAACAGCUGAUGGAGGACCGACGAGAGACAAUCGUCGAUAUGUCUCAAGAGUCUGUCACCACCAAGCUGAUUCUGGAUCAGGAUGAGCAGACCAAGAGACCUCUAGUUCAGGUGCACAGGAACCUCGUGACGAAUCUCAAGCCUCACCAAGUGGACGGAGUCCAGUUCAUUUGGGACAACUGCUGUGAGUCAGUGACGAAGGCCAACUCCUGUCCAGGAUCUGGUUGCAUCCUGGCUCAUUGUAUGGGCCUGGGAAAGACUCUGCAGGUGGUUGCUUUCCUGCACACGGUAUUGCGGUCGAAAAACUUGCACUUUAAAACGGCCUUGGUCGUGUGUCCUCUCAACACUGUGCUCAACUGGGUGAGCGAAUUCAACAAAUGGCAGAAGCAGUUAGGCAAAGAUAUCGUGAAGGUCACCGAGCUGGCCACCAUGAAGAAUUUUGCUGACCGACUCUGCGCGCUGCAGAGGUGGCACACCUCUGGAGGCGUGAUGAUUAUGGGCUACGACAUGUACAGAAACCUCUCACUGUCCCUCAAACUGGACGAUCACACGUUAAAGCGGCAGUUGAAAAACCUACUGGUGGAUCCAGGUCCAGACUUUGUGAUAUGCGACGAGGGGCACAUUCUGCGCAACGACAACUCCAACAUUUCCAAAGCCGUGGGCGCUGUCAAGACGCGGCGGAGAGUGGUGCUAACUGGCACGCCGUUGCAAAACAAUCUGGUGGAGUACCACUGCAUGGUCAACUUCAUCAAAAGGAACCUCCUGGGCUCACUGAGAGAGUUCCGAAACCGCUUUGUCAAUCCCAUCCAGAAUGGCCAGUGCGCCGACUCCACGCCCAGAGAUGUUCGAAUCAUGAAGAGGCGCGCACACGUCCUCCAUGCAAUGCUGAGCGGAUGCGUGCAAAGGAAAGAUUACUCCGAGCUGACUGAGUUUCUGCCUCCCAAGUACGAGUAUGUGGUCGCAGUCAGGGUGUCUCCACUUCAGUAUAAGUUGUACAACCAUUAUCUGCAGCAUGUCAGUGGUUUGGGAAACGUUAUCGGCACGACAAAAAUGAAGAUUGGCGCAAACCUGUUUAAGGAUUUUCAGGUCCUCAGCCGGGUUUGGACUCAUCCAUGGUGCCUUCAACUCAGCUAUAAGGCCAAAGAAAAAAAGCUCAGAACACAUUUGGUAAAGAACAACGAUACCGGUGCUCCACUCAUGGAAAGCGGACCAAGCGACCGCACCACCAAGGAUCCAACCCAAACCGCUUCAACAAAUGUUGCUCAUUCGGCGUCAACAGGCCCGUGCUGGUUCAAAAAUAUGCUGUCUCAACACGACGCCAAAGUUCUGGAGCACUCGGGCAAGCUGGUGCUCUUAUUUGAGAUCCUGAGGAUGGCUGAAGCCUUGAACGAUAAAGUACUUGUUUUCAGUCAGUCCCUGGUCUCUUUGAACUUGAUUGAGAGUUUCCUGACAGUUUCUCACCGGAGAAGAAAGGACUCAUCGGAAGGUGAGAGAAGCUGGAUUAAAAACCUGGACUACUAUCGCCUGGAUGGCUCUACCACUAUUGCAUUACGGACAAAAUGGGCUAAAUGUUUCAACAACAUCACUAAUGCACGCGGCCGGUUGUUUCUCAUCUCGACAAAGGCCGGCUCGCUGGGCAUCAACCUGGUGUCUGCGAACAGGGUGAUCAUCUUUGACGCCUCGUGGAAUCCUUCCUGUGACAUUCAAAGCAUCUACAGAGUGUACCGCUUCGGCCAGAUCAAGCAGGUGUUCGUGUAUCGCUUCUUGGCGCAGGGCACAAUGGAGGAGAAAAUCUACGAUCGGCAGGUGACGAAGCAGUCUUUGUCCUACCGAGUGGUGGAUCAGCAGCAGAUCGAGAGACACUUCACGCUCUCCGAGCUCACGGAACUUUACACAUUUGAGCCGGACUUGCUGGACGAGCCUCAUUCCAGGACGACGAAGCGAAAGACCUCCGACUUGCCAAAGGAUCAGGUUCUGGCGAUGCUUCUGGAGAAGUGUAAAGACCACAUAGUCAGCUACCACGAGCAUGCGUCUCUGCUGGACCAUAAACAAGAGGAGGAGCUCACUGAAGCGGAACGCAUAGAUGCCUGGGCUGAGUAUCAGGCUGAGUCUCACACAGCCAGCGCCCCAGUGAAAAUCAGUCUGGACACCUUAAACAUGAAGUCCAAUGAAGAGCUGAUGCACUUGCUGAACAAAAGCAGAGCAAAAUUAGCCGCCGCCUUCCAGGCCGUGCAGACCAUGACGUCUCACCCCCUUCAGGAAUACCUGCAAUAUGUGUCACGCCAGAAUCCACAAAUGCCCUUGGAACUGAUCAAGAUGAAGGCCAUGCAGUGGAAACAAACUGACACAAAGGAGCUGGAACGGAGAAAGGCUUUUUAUGCCGAAGUUCUUGAAGAGCAGCGAUCACUCACGUUGCACAUCCAGACCAUUUUGUGCGAGCGACGGAAUCAAGAGCUGCAGGGGGCGACCACUUCUGUUGCAAACCAGCAAACAACAAAUAACUGAAGACGGGGGUCUUGCUGGUGCGCCAGCUUUUUAUCGAGUAUUUAAAUCAUUUCAACUUUUUUGAUUCACCUCUCCAACAAGGACUUUAAUGUGACCAACUUGGUCAUUUCCUUCCAUUUCAUCCAUGUGAUGAUUUCCAUCAUACGUGCCUUAAUAUUUUGGGGAAAACUCAAGUGCUCCGAUUUUGUGCAUUGCUCUCAUGCUUUAAGCGCGACAGGGAUAUAUUUUAUAAUACUUCAUUUUCUAUGGUUAUUUAAAUAAUGUUUAUUUGCAUUGGCUGUGUAUUUUAGCUUUUUGUUCAUGUUUUUUGUACGGUCUUGCACUGUUGUUGUCACUGGAGCAAACUGGGGAAGUGUACUUCCUUCAAGGAUCAAUAAAGUAAGCAAAAAAAAUAAACAACCCAAAACAUAUCCAUCCAUCUUUUGUUCCUCACAAGGGUCGUAUCAAGUCUCUGCUUAUCCAAUUCAUCACGAAGGCUAAUGCGCCCACAACGUCUAAAGUGAAUGGAAUAGAACCCCUGCUGUUACUUUUGGAUGGCAGUGAUUCUGAUGUGUAAAACGGCUCAGCUAAUGGAGACAUGAUUUCACUUCAAUAUCAGAAUGUCGUAGAUGAUUUGUAACCAUCUUUUCCUGGAUUCUUUUUCAGAUUAAUUUUUAAUCUGGUGAUAACCUCCUUCUUUCCUGUCCCUGAGUAUUACUAUGUUUACAUAUACAAGAUGACUCCACUAAAUAAAGUCCGACAGGAAGGUUCUAUGUCACGAUACGAGCAAAUGUAGAAUAAUUGGGAAAU